AGCAAUAGCCGGUUAAAGCAGAAAUGGCAAGACAAGCCACCAAGCUCCUUGGUACCUUUGCGUCAAGGCUCAGCUCCGCCAAAUCAAUCUCACCUUCUAUUUCUUCGUCUCAAUCUCGCCAUUUCGCUGCUGCUGCUCCACCUCCGCCGGCUGUUUUCGUCGACAAGAAUACUCGGAUCAUCUGUCAAGGUAUUACAGGGAAGAAUGGUACCUUUCACACAGAACAGGCCAUUGAAUAUGGCACCAAGAUGGUUGGAGGGGUUACACCAAAGAAAGGUGGAACAGAACAUUUAGGUCUUCCUGUUUUCAAUACAGUUGCUGAAGCAAAAGAAGAAACUAAGGCCAAUGCAUCUGUCAUCUAUGUCCCUCCACCAUUUGCUGCGGCAGCUAUUAUGGAAGCUAUGGAAGCUGAGUUGGAUUUAGUGGUGUGCAUAACAGAGGGAAUCCCUCAACAUGACAUGGUUAGAGUGAAGGCUGCCCUUAACAAGCAAUCAAAGACCCGGUUGAUUGGCCCGAACUGCCCUGGGAUUAUUAAACCAGGUGAAUGUAAGAUUGGAAUUAUGCCUGGAUACAUUCACAAACCUGGUCGUGUGGGGAUUGUGUCCCGAUCCGGUACCUUGACAUAUGAAGCGGUUUUCCAAACAACUGCAGUUGGCCUAGGUCAAUCUACCUGUGUAGGUAUUGGUGGGGACCCUUUUAAUGGGACAAAUUUUGUUGAUUGCAUGGAGAAGUUCCUCACUGAUCCUCAGACUGAAGGCAUUGUUCUUAUAGGAGAAAUCGGAGGGACUGCAGAAGAGGAUGCUGCUGCCUUGAUCAAGGAAAGUGGGACUCAGAAGCCUAUAGUAGCAUUUAUUGCUGGACUUACUGCUCCACCCGGCCGUCGUAUGGGUCAUGCUGGAGCUAUUGUCUCAGGUGGGAAGGGUACAGCUCAAGAUAAAAUCAAGACCCUUAGGGAAGCUGGGGUGACAGUUGUGGAAUCGCCAGCAAAGAUUGGUGUUGCCAUGCUUGAUAUCUUCAAACAACGGGGUCUUGUGAGUUAGUUUAGACAAGCUCGAGGUCUUCAAACAACGCUGUCUUGUUAGUGUAGACAAAUUAAUCUUGCUCCAUUUUUGGGAGGUCUUCCUUUUAUGAAAUUCAAAAACAAAAUCCUAUGGCCCUUCUGAUCGUUUCUUUUGUUUGUUCUUGAGGCUGUAGUAUUUGGCAUAAAUCAUCCAUGCUACAAGUGUAAACAAGGUUUUGCAAGUCCAUUUCUCUUUUUUCACCAGCAAGGUGACACAAAAUGCUGGUCAUCGAAAAUCUAUAUAUUUUUUUCACUUGAUUA